CGUUCAUCCUCACAACGCCAUCAUCAUGCGCACCGCUUACCUUCUUGCGACUUUGGCGGCGGUCGCGGCCAGCGCCGACCUCACACCCGCCGAGCGCAAGGAGCUCACGGCCGACUUGAAGGAGUGGCAGGCUCUCUUCGGCCAAGAGGCACUCACCGAAGGCUUCCUCCCGCCCCUCGAAGGCCUCACCAUCAGCGAGUCCAACGACGAGCUCCUCGGCCGCAUGAAGGCCGCCAAGCAGCGCGUGCCCGAGCUCGCCAAGGAAAACCCGGAUGCCACCUUCACCCACCUCUCGCCGCUCGCGCUCCUCACCAAGGACGAGUUCAAGCACUACGUCAUGAAGUCGUUCAAGCGCGGCAAGCGGGCGCUCCGUGCCGAAAAGGUCGACUGGGCCAGCGUCGGCGCCGCGUCGGCCACUGGCAGCGUCGACUGGACCACGGACUCCAAGUGCGUCAACCCCGUCAAGAGCCAAGGCAGCUGCGGGUCGUGCUGGGCCUUCUCUGGCACUGGCACCGUCGAGUCGGCGCACUGUAUUGCCACUGGGACGCUCCUCGACCUCUCGGACCAGCAGACCACGAGCUGCGCGUCGAGUGCGGGCAACGGCUGCGACGGCGGCCUCGAAGACCGCGCCAUCACGUGGAUCCACGACAACGGCGGUCUCUGUCUCUCCAAGGACUACCCGUACACGUCCGGCUCGUCGGGCAACACGGGUUCGUGCAAGUCGUCGUGCACCAAGCACAAGCUUGCGAUCGGCGCCACCGUCAGCAUCAAGGGCGAGGGACCGCUCGAGACCGCGCUGCAGACGCAGCCGGUGGCCGUGGCCGUCGAGGCUGGCAACGACGUGUGGCAGUACUACAAGGGCGGCGUCGUGUCGCAGUGCUCUGGCGCGCAGUCGGACCACGCCGUGAUUGCGGUCGGGUACGGCUCGGAGAGCGGCAAGGACUUUUUCAAGAUCCGCAACUCGUGGGGCGCCAACUGGGGCGAGAAAGGCUACAUCAAGCUCCAGCGCGGCGUCGGCGGCAAGGGCAUGUGCAACGUGGCUGAGAUGCCGGCGUACCCCCAAGAUCACAGCGGGUCCUACGAGCAAGCCGACCGACCUUCGGAUGAGCCUUCGGAUGAGCCGUCGGACGAGCCGUCUGAUGAGCCGUCAGACGAGCCGUCGGAUGAGCCAUCGGACGAGCCUUCGGACGAGCCUUCGGACGAGCCGUCGGACGAGCCGUCGGAUGAGCCGUCGGACGACCCUUCGGACGAGCCGUCGGACGAGCCUUCGGAUGAGCCGUCGGACGAGCCUUCGGACGAGCCGUCGGACGAUCCUUCCGAUGAGCCGUCGGAUGAGCCGUCAGAUGAACCGUCGGACGAGCCGUCAGAUGAACCGUCGGACGAGCCUUCGGAUGAGCCGUCGGAUGAUCCCACCGAGUACCCGACUGAGGAGCCGACGGAGGAGCCGACGCCUGCUCCCUGCCGCACGACGCGUCGGCCCCAUCGCCCCCACCACCCGCACCGCCCGACCCCGACUGGCAACGGCAUUGGUGCUGAGCUCCCGCGCUACGGCUAAACGGUCGGACGAUCGUGCCUUGUUGUUUCAUAGUCUGAGUGUAAAGUUUACAGACACUACCGUAAUCAUCACCUGAGUAAUCUAUUUCUCGAAGCAG